AGACCUUUAACCCUAAAAUCCCAAAUUACGAUCUUCUCGAUACAUCUUAUGUUCUCAUCUCUUCUGCCAUUGAAGCCGCGAAGAACCAACUUCAAGCUUUAGCUCAGCUUGUGUGGUUCUGAAUCUGAGAAGAGUGAAGUCAUUUCUCUUGAUGUGUUCUGGAAGUUGACUGCUCUCUCUGCUGCUUCUACGCUUGUGAUUUGAUUUGCUGUAUUCCAAGGCUGACUUGAGAAGAUGAACAAUGAUGAUAUGCUUAGAUGGAUGUUGGAAGAUGAUGAUGAUGAUGUUGAUGAUGUUGAGUUGUUAGAAAGGCUUAAUAAUGAGAGGUUGAUUCAUAGAACAGAUAGAGGAGGAGGAUGGCGUCAUGUUCAGCAACUAAUGCAUGGAUCAGACCAACAGUAUUAUGAUAUUCUGCGGAUGAAUCAAAGAACGUUUGAAGCAUUAUGCAGGAUGCUUACUACGAGAUAUGGUUUAGAAGAGAACAGAGAUAGAGGUUGCAAUGUUCACACUGAAGAAGCAGUUGCUAUUUUUCUUGAGAUGGUUGGUCAGGAUAAAACCGUGAGAGACAUUGCUGUAAGGUAUCAAAGAUCAUUGGAUACAGUGAAGAGGAAACUUGAUGAAGUCUUAAGCGUUAUUCUGAAGUUUGCAGCAGAUACAAUAAAACCGGUAGAAGGAGAAUUCACAAGGGUAAGCUCAGUUCUGAGAAAUGAUGAUCGAUAUUGGCCUUAUUUUAAGGAUUGCAUUGGAGCACUUGAUGGAACGCACAUCCCAGUUCGUCCUCCAAGUACAAAUGCAGAAGCUUACAGAGGAAGAAAAUUGGAACCAACUAUGAAUAUCCUUGCUAUAUGUAACUUCGAUAUGAAGUUCAUAUAUGCAUAUGUUGGAGUACCAGGUAGAGCACACGAUACAAAGGUCUUGACUUAUUGUGCGAAGAAUGAAGUUUCUUUUCCACAUCCGCCAAAUGGGAAGUAUUAUUUGGUUGACUCAGGAUAUCCCACAAGGACAGGGUAUCUUGGCCCACAUCGUAGUGUUAGAUAUCACCUUGAUCAGUUUACUAGAGGAGGACCACCACAAAACACGCGGGAGUUGUUUAACAGGAAACAUUCAGGACUACGAUCA